AUGAAGUUCAUCUUGGCAGCCUUCCACAAGCUGCCACCGGCCCCAUGUCGAUAUACAUCGAUGGAAAAGGUGACGAAGCUGGAAGAGGGGGCGUUGAAGCAUGGCACAGCGUGGCACAAUGGCACCUCCUUCGGUGCAGACGCGCCCACGAUUUUCGCCAUCGCCUUCAACAGCAAGGCUUGGCAGCUUCUUGUACAGGGGAUCUGGCGCCACACAAACGUGAUGGCAAGUGAGCUGAGUCGGCCAGCCACCAAGCCGGAAACAGAUGCGGACUGGGCUCAAAGCUCAGAAGUUUUCAACCUUGCAGCUGCUUGCAGCCGCUCGCGAGCGGCAUGGAAGGGAGAUGCGCUCGGCGCCGCGGGCCUGGCUACCGCCUCUACCGCGGCCGUCUGGAAAGGCGCGUCACGCGGCGCAAGCUGCGCAUGCUUCUCCAACUUUGCGAGAGGAGCUCGGCCCAGCCUCUCUCCGGAGCCGCAGCGCCGUGGCCUCUGCAGUCUUCGCCCUGCGCAGGCUUCACUGCGCCCUGACGCCGUGAACUUCAACGCGACGAUCCUGGUGUGCGCAUCCGCUUCCGCGUGGCACAUGGCGGCGGCACUGCUCGAAGACAUGCCCAGCAAGAAGGUGAUCCCUGACACAAGGAGCUACAAUGCCGUGCUUUCCGCCUGCGAUCAUGCGGCAGAGGCUGAACAGGCUGUGCCGGGCGCUGAGGCAAGUGGCUCGUGGCAUGGUGUAGCUUCCUUCGUUGCCAUUGAUGGGCCAGUCACCUUAAAAUGCACCCCUUAUUUCACAUCAUUGCAUGGCAAUCCAAACCGGAGAUCGCGCGGGCGUGAAGCGUGUUCAGACCUGUAUAGACCAGGCACCCCAAAUGUGGAGUGGUAA